GAGAGAGAGACCGACAGACUGACAGAGGGAGAGAGACUGACAGAGGGAGAGAGACAGUGAGGGAGAGACCGAGAGAGAGGGACAGCCAGUUGACCGGAAAAUCCUGCACCCAUUAAUCUUAUACACACAAACAACAUACAAUUCUGAUAAUAAUUGGAAGAACUUUCUUUUAUGAUUAUCUUUGCAUUGUAAAAUGCUUUGGCAAUAUUGUUCAGUUGUAACUUUCAUGCCAAUAAAGCCCAUUUGAAUUUGAGAGACAGAGAGAGAUGGACAGAGAGUGAGACAGAUAGACAGAGAGUGUGAGACAGACAGACAGAGAGAGAGAGGGAGACAGAGACAAGGAGUCAAAGUAACAGAUUAGUUGUAAUACUGCAUGUAAUACUGCAUGUAAUACUGCAUGUUGCAGCAGCAGUUUUUGGGACCCGUUGCCAUGAGAAACGGGUAACCAGUGGAGCACAAACAUCAUCGUAAUCCGAACCAGUCCGAGUCUUGUAUUUACACUCCCUCGCCAUUCAUACCUUAAAUAUCUGAAGCGUGGUUACAGCACCGUAAAUAGCACGUAUGAUAAACUUCGUGGCUUGAACCCUGAAAGCAGGAAGCUUUGGAAUGACACUCUUUACCACCGCUACGACAAAACAUUAUUUUUUCUACUGAUGUAAUUGUGUCGGUUGUUCAUUGCAAUCAGACACAUCAGGGCGCUGCGGGAUAUUGCCAAUAUAUCAUGGCUAAGUGCUGACUAUGACAUUUGUAGUGCCUUUAUCCUCAGGAAACUCGUGUGUGUGUGUGUGUGUGUGUGUGUGUGUUUCUUUUCCCCCACUUGCUUUGGCAAUGUAAACAAAUGUUUCCUAUGCCAAUAAAGCCUUUUAAAUGUAGUUGAAUGGAGACGGAGAAGGAGCGAGAGUGGAGGGACAGAGGAUGAUGAGGGAGAGAGAGGAGAAAGGAGGGGGAGGAGGAAGAGAGGGAGGGAGGGAGAAGGAAGGAAGAGAGGGGGUACAGGAGGAGGUGGGGUGUGACAGCGGGAUUCUUCAGCCCAUGCAACUAGAAGCCACAACACCAGGGGAAGGAGAGGGAAAUGAGGCUGAAUGACAGUGACACCUCAGCCGAACGGUCUAGAGCCCGGGAUUCUUCCACACAACUGCACCUCUAAUGUGUGGAUUACCACAGCAUAUCUCUCUGGAACUGUGUGUGGAAAAUGGUGGGGUUCUCUUCCUCGUCAGCUGUCGAAGCCGCGAUGGAGCACCUGGUGAGUGAGCUGAAUGUGUUGCUGAAGCUGCUGGACCAUGAGAGCGUGAGCACGGCCACGGCAGAGAAGAUGAACGUGGUCCGGAGCCUAAUGGAACAGCUGCAGCCGGCAGUGAACGGAUCUGACUUCAUCUAUGUGAACACCUCCCUGUACGGCAAUGGUACCAGCUUUGUGGAAUCACUGUUCGAGGAGUUUGACCUGCGUGAUCUUAGAGCCUCUCCAGAAGAACUCAAGGACCAGGCAGAGGAGGAAACCUCCAAAACACCUCCCUCUAAAAGUCCUACUGACACCCCCCCUCCUCUGCCAACCACCCCCCCUCCAGAGGAUUACUAUGAGGAGGCCGUGCCCCUUGACCCUGGCACCGCGCCCCAGUACAUUACCAACGUCAACACACGCAUCAGUUCAAGUCCCCAGAACUCCAUCGAGGACGCCUACUAUGAAGAUGCAGACAACAAUUAUCCUACGACGCAAAUCAACGGCCCAUUGAAGAACUCCUACGCUGAUUCAGACGCGCUCAGCAGCUCCUACGAGUCGUACGACGAGGAGGACGAGGAGGCGAAGGGCCAGGACCGGACUGGCGGGCGGUGGCGGUCUGAGGAGAAUGCAGUGGGCCCCGUAAAGGACUGCCGUAUCUGUGCCUUCUUGCUGCGCAAGAAACGCUUCGGCCAGUGGGCCAAACAGCUGACGGUCGUCCGCGACAACAGAUUGCAGUGCUACAAGAGCAUCAAGGAUGGCAGCCCACACAUAGAGCUGCCGCUGAACCUGUGCAACGUCAUCUAUGUCCCCAAAGAGGGGCGCCGCAAGAAGCACGAGCUCCGUUUCUCGUUGCCUGGCGGGGAGGCCCUGGUCCUGGCCGUCCAGAGCAAGGAGCAGGCCGAGAGGUGGCUGGCAGUGAUCCGGGAGGUGGCCAGCCAGGCCAGCAGCAGUGACGGGCUGGAGGGCUCGUCCUCACCCAUGAUCCAGAGGAAGAUUGAGCUGGACAAGUUACUGGGAACUGACAAGCAUGCAGUAGUGUUCGCUGACAAGCCGACUUCUGACUCUGACAGCGUUGCCACCGGGGACAACCUCUCCCCUGGUCAGCUCCGGGACGCCUGCGAGCCAGGAAGGGGGAAGAGAGGAGCGUUCUCUGAGCUGACCGGGUCUAUGAGCAGGGCGGCCGGGCGGAAGAUUAACAGGAUCAUCAGUUUCUCUAAGAAGAAGCCUCCCCUCCCAGGAGACACUCUGUCCUCCUCCUACCAUGACGACAAUCCACGCUGUGGUUACCUGAACGUCCUGGUGGGCCAGUGUUGGAAGGAGAGGUGGUGCUGUGUGCGGACUGGGACACUGUACCUGCACAAAGACCGGGGCGACCUGCUGACCCACGUCAAAGCUGUGUGCCUCCACGCGGCCGAGGUCGUUCCCGGACUGGGGCCCAAGCACCCCUUCGCCUUCCGCAUCCUACAGGGAGGCAGCGAGGUGGCUGCCCUGGAGGCCGGCUGCUCGGAGGAGAUGGGCCGCUGGCUCGGGGUCCUGCUGGCCGAGUCUGGCUGCGCGACGACGCCGGAGGCGCUGCACUACGACUACGUGGACGUGGACACCAUAACGGACAUCACGGACGCAGCCAGACACUCCUUCCUAUGGGCGACCUCCUCCAGCGGUGCCUCAACGGACUCCCGAACCUACGACGAGGUCCCGUAUGAGAGCGUGUUGCAGCCAGAGGAGCCCGUUCCCAGACCAGGAACUCAGGUGAAACGACACUCUUCUUUCUCAAGCAGCAGAGAUACGGAGAAGGUGAACUCCCUCGUCACCAUAAAGAGACACGGCUCCAAUGCGAACCAGUAUGUAUCUGGGAAGUAUGGCAAAACACGAGCAGAGGAGGACGCCAAGAGGUACCUGAAGGAAAAAGAAGAGAUGGAGAAGGAGCGUGAAGUCAUCAGAAAUGCCCUGCUCGUACUGCGCAAGGAAAGGAAAGAGGUCAAGGAACAACUGAAGAAUGCCACAGGUAAGCUGCAGACACAGCUGGAGACACGUUUGGCCCAACUGGAGGAGUCCUGCAAGGGGAAGGAGGAGGAGCGUGUGGACCUGGAGCUGCGACUCACUGAGGUGAAGGAGAACCUGAAAAAGUCCCUAGCUGGAGGGGUGCUGGGGCCGCCUAGCGAGAGCAAACCCCCCGCCAGAAAACCCCCCAUCAGCAAGCCCCCCAGAAAGGCCCAGGCCAGUAAAGGUGAGAAUCUGUACAGCGAGGCCUCCUUGCCAGUCAACUGUGCCGCAGAGAUGCGGAAGCGCCCGGCGUCCAUCUAUGCAUCCAGCAAAGGGAAUGUCAUGCAGAAAGCCAAGGAAUGGGAGUCUAAAAAGAGGACUUAGACGGACCCCUGCUCAUGCAGGUGAACAGUCAUGUGCUUGUGGUCGAAGAAAAUGUUGGAGCUGAUUUUUAAAAAGAAGAAAGGAGGAGGGUGUAGAGCUGGGACUCCUCAAUUUUUCCACUCUAUUGUUUGGAGCUCAACAUUCACUGCCCGUCGCUGAGCUGAAAAACAUGUGACUGGAAAAAGACAAGGAAACUCCUGGAAUUGUCGUGGAGAACAUCACUCAAACUCCUGUGGGACUUGAAUAUGCCACAUGGUCGUUCUCAAGCAUUACACUUGUUUUGUGAUCCAGUAGUUACUUGUGCUUGAAUGAGGUAUAGUUGUUCCUUCUGACUGUGGGGGAGAGGAGCGUGUUAACGGGGGAUUCCGAGGGGACACCCCUGAUGAGGGGCCUGAGACGUGAGACGUUUGCACACACUAUGCACCAGUCUGCAAGGAAGAAUAACAAAGGGAAAGAGAAUGUUGUAUCGGUUGUCAGAGAUUGUUAUUGAAACCGUAGCCAAAUGCUGAUGCGGUGUCCAGGUUGUUCCAUGGAAUUAGUGCCCGCAAUAUUUUAAGUAGAAAUCAAAAAGGUUUAUUUGGCGAUGUUAAGCGGUUAAAAUUCGCACUGAAUUGGUGGAAUGGACCAUCCCAUAGGAGUUCAGUUAAAUAUUUUGUCAUUCGUAUUGAAAUCUUUGUAUUGUGUCUUUUGUAUUGUGUGAUACAUGAGUUCAGGUGUUGUUGAAACAACUAGCUGGACAAUAGACAAACUGAUACAGUAUAACGUCUGUGUAAAACUACUAUUGUUAUUUUAAUGUGAGACUAAUUACGUGACUAAACAAAAAUGUUUCCUUAUUAUGUAAUUCACUCGCAUUUUCUCAAUUUAAUGAGCCUUUUUACUUUUGAUGACUUUUGCACUUUACUAUGUUAUUUGUACUUGUGUGUUGUACAUAAAAACUGUUCAUUGAA